AUGACAGGCAUAGCUCUAUCUCUGGAUAAGGCCUGCCCCGUGUGUGUCCAUGUGUUCACAGAGGGCUUAAAUAAGAGCAGAGUUUGCCGUUUGCUCAGAGUGUCUGUGAUCGUGCAGAUAAGGACCGAGGGGGAGAAGGUGCAUGGAGACACCAGAGAGGUCAGGGAGGAGGUGCAAGGAGACACUAGAGAGGUCAGGGAGGAGGUCCAAGGAGACACAAGAGAGGUCAGGGAGGAGGUCCAAGGAGACACAAGAGAGGUCAGGGAGGAGGUCCAAGGAGACACCGAGAGGUCAGAGGUCCAAGGAGACACCAGAUGCAACCUCCAGUGCAACCUCCAGUGCUACCUCCAGUGCUACCUCCAGUGCUACCUCCAGUGCUACCUCCAGUGCAACCUCCAGUGCUACCUCCAGUGCAACCUCCAGUGCAACCUCCAGUGCAACCUCCAGUGCAACCUCCAGUGCAACCUCCAGUGCAGCCUCCAGUGCUGCCUCCAGUGCUGCCUCCAGUGCUGCCUCCAGUGCAACCUCCAGUGCAACCUCCAGUGCUACCUCCAGUGCUACCUCCAGUGCAACCUCCAGUGCAGCCUCCAGUGCUGCCUCCAGUGCUGCCUCCAGUGCUGCCUCCAGUGCAACCUCCAGUGCAACCUCCAGUGCUACCUCCAGUGCUACCUCCAGUGCAACCUCCAGUGCAACCUCCAGUGCUACCUACAGUGCAACCUCCAGUGCAACCUCCAGUGCUACUUCCAGUGCAACCUCCAGUGCAACCUCCAGUGCUACCUCCAGUGCUACCUCCAGUGCUACCUCCAGUGCUACCUCCAGUGCUACCUCCAGUGCUACCUCCAGUGCUACCUCCAGUGCAACCUCCAGUGCAACCUCCAGUGCAACCUCCAGUGCUACCUCCAGUGCUACCUCCAGUGCUACCUCCAGUGCUACCUCCAGUGCUACCUCCAGUGCAACCUCCAGUGCAACCUCCAGUGCAACCUCCAGUGCUACCUCCAGUGCUACCUCCAGUGCUACCUCCAGUGCUACCUCCAGUGCAACCUCCAGUGCUACCUCCAGUGCUACCUCCAGUGCUACCUCCAGUGCAACCUCUAG